CUUCUUCAGCCGCAUCGAUCCAAGCAGGGCACCAGUUACCUUACAAAAUAUAUUGAGACUCCAGGGACGUAGUCGUAGAAGAAUCAGAAUAGAAGCCGAUAAGGGACAGGCUAAAGCUUAGAGUGAAGAAGUCUGAACGUGUUGACAAGCAGAUAGGGUUACAUAUGUCUAUGUACGCCUAGGGGUUGCGCGAGCGCGACCGUGCGGUGUUUAGAAUGGCGUUUGUAGAGGUGCACCAACACGACAUCGAUGUGCCGCGCCCGGACUGGCAUAUUGACAUGAAGGCCAUCGAGACGACACCAGCGAGUGUGGUGCUGUACUCUGUAUAUUGUGGCGUACAUGAGAUAGCGGUGCCGUCGUAUUUCGAAGAUCUGGAGUGGCAUGAACGCCUGCAACGCAUGGGCAAGGAGGUCGGGACACAUGGCGGGUAUUGGCCCUUCCACACCCAGCAAUUUAGCCGGCCUCUUUACGAGUUCGUGCGAAGGAACACAUCGAAAGUACUCGGAUUGGGAGGUGAUUAUGAACGACACGAGGUUGCAGACGGCAACAACGCCGAUAAAAAUAGCCAAGAUUUCUCAACGACGGAACUCGAUUUGGAUGUCACAGAUCACGGUGCCGCCGUUGCAGCAGCUGAUGCGACUUGCCAAAGCAGGCCAGCCCAGUUUGUAGUGCUUCUAUUUGAUACAGUAUACGCCGAUGCUGCUGUUGCGCCAGCAGUAGUCACGGCGAUCGGGAUGAAACACUUUCGGAAACAGCGCCUCUCACCCCCUGAGUUACACGCAACCUGUUUUGCGUCGACUGCGGACGACGAUUUGCGCAUCAUUACAGUGGGCAUGCGGCUGGAGGAUCUACUGCUCAGGUGUGAAAGUGGUCGGAGCUGUGAUCAUUCUUGUCACUACGGUGAACAAGAGGAAGAGAAAAUAAAAGUUUCAGAAGCAGAGAUGGAGGACAGAAUGGUACGAGCAGUGCUGCGUGACCUAGGCCUGAUGACCUCCGGUGCGGAUCAUGACGCAUUUGCAACGGGUCACUCUAGCGCUAGCGGACCGGCUCUUCUGGUAAAGAUCCCGAAUGGCGAGCCGCGGAACCUUUUGCAGUGUCCCGCAUUCUUUGAGGGGUUCGGGCACGUCUUCAGUAACGCCGAAGGGAACAGCACCAACGCCGAAGAGAACAGCACCAGUAUCCCUUGCUGUCUCUCACUCGGCGCAAAAAAGACCACGCCAAGCACAUCAACGAACAUAGAAGAGUAUCUGCCAAGGACACGCGACGCCCUUUUUGAACGGUGGCUAUCGUUGCUCUGUGCCUCGCCGCUUGUGGCUUCGGAGAUGCGCCACUUUUGCGGAUACUGGCGCGCUACCUUCCCGGGUGAUGUAAAUGCUGGUGGCGGCGUCCGCUUUCACUUUGAGAUUAUGGUCGAAGAAGGACGCUAUCUCGUGCUCCACAAAAGAGAAGAGUACUUUUCCUGCGCAGAAGAACGAGCGGAACUGGGGCUCCGCUGUAGCCGUCCGCGAAGAAAGCGCCGCGCUAGGGGAGGCGUAACAGAGCCCGCUGAUGUAGUCCCAAGGUUCGGCUUGGUGUGUGGAAGCACGGACAGAGGCGAUUAUCUUCAAACAGGGGGAUGGCCUCGAAAGGACAAGUAUCUCAUCGGGACGGUGGAAGAGCUCUCGAAACUACAUAUAACAUCCCCCGGGACACAGACUCGCAGGUGGAUUCAGAGGCGGAUAGACUCUGCACUGGAAUACUGCUUGGAAGACAAAUGGUCAGAAGUGCAAUCUGGCGGAAGUGUGCGCUGGCAAAAAAUAUACCAGCCUUUCGGAGACACGUUACGCGAAGAAAUUGAGCGAGAAGCUUUGCGGGAGUGGGUUUUUCGCAUGCAAAAAAGUGAAACAGAAACAGAUCUUGCGGAUCUGAUAGAUCCGCCAUCUAGACCAAUAUCUUCGUUUGCUCGCGUGUCUUGCCGCUGCGUUUCGACUAUCUCGCCGUCGGAUGGCACGCAAGAGGGACGGAGAAAAAUGCCUGUGGUUCUCCUGGAGAAUGUUAGGACGUUUGGGGACAUCUUGCGCUUUUUUGAAAGUCAGUACGGCGAGGAAGUCGGACUGCGAUUUCCGUCGCACUCUCUGCGUCCACACAUAGCCAAUUGGUUUUUUUUGAAAAUUAAAGAAGAGGGCUGCGUUGAUGGAGAACACAAUUUUUACUGCGAGACUGACCAGAGUCUGAGUCAUCCAUAUCCAGACUGUAAGCCUCUUCACGCAGAGCCAGAACCAGAAGCUGCGGUGCGUGAUCGCGCAUUGCUGUUCGGAAGCACAUCGGCGCUAGGCAUCAUCACACGGAUUUUUGCCGAUGUUCCCGUGACAGCUAUAUUUCAAGAACUGCCUCGUUCUCCACCGGCGACGUGUGACCAGAAACAGUGUGAAAAGGGCGCCGCUCGUCUCUACAAUUUCGAAGGCCUCGUUUGCCGUCUGGUCAAGGAACAGCGACGCUUUGGCAGGGUGUGGCAGUGAUAAGUAUAUAAUGAUGAGGAGUUUAGAAGAAGAAGCAAAGCUUAGUUUUAACGUCACCAGUUGUAAAUAUAGCUUCUCUUCCGGUAGUGUCUCAUCCCUUGGCCGCAUGUUUUCCACGCAUAGAUCGACUCGAUUUGGGAGUCGAAAUCGAAACGACCGAUACGCGCAUUUACGAUGGGUAAAACUAAAAAAGAUAAAAAUGUAUUGCAAAAUAUAGAAGUACAUUUAUAGUGUCUGUGUCCUUUAUUCGGAUGAGGGUCCGACUUUCCGACGGAUUUGAGCUUGACUUUUCAGAAGCAGUUACAU